UGGUCUGGCAAAAGUAUAAAAAUCAUGCAAAACUCCGUUUUUCGCGGUCAGUCAAUUGCCUACGAGAGUCAUUUUUACACACGGACCGGCGCGUGCAAGCACUCACUUGCAUUAUAGAAAGUACUCAUUCUUGAGUGAAGUUGAGUGGACAUAUUUGAAGCUUAUUAACAUUAAAAUAAAUAAAACACUGCCGAUUGGGCUAAUAAUGCUAUCACCGAUAGUUUUCAAAACCCGCCAUGUCUCUCGAAGAAUGUCUAACUUCAGAGGUUUGUCUAGUGCAAAGAGGGUUAGCGUGCAAGAAUCGAGUCCAUGUGAGAAAGACUGCAAAGUUUUAGUGAAUUUGGUGCAAGAGUUCGGCCAGGAGACCACAUUUCAUGGCGUAAACGUUAUGUUGGCGCCGGGUGUGGGGAAAUUGGAGCGCGCUCUCAGCACGAUCGCAUUCGUUAUCGCUUUUAUACUACUGGUCUGCGUUUGCCUCUUUCUCGCGUCACGCUUUGCGAAAGGACAAUUCAAGACAGUCGUCGAAAAUACACACUUUCCAUUACGUAAAGUGAAAUACCCCGAGGUAACGAUUUGCAAUAAGAAUCGGCUUAACUGGUCGCGUCUACUAGAGGCGAAGAAUAAAUUCCUGCUACCGACGCAUCGCAAUAACUCCAAAGAAGAGCUCUUUACCGAAAUAAUUGGACUCUACGACACGUUCACCUUCGGUAAGUUCGAUCGUUUCGCGCAGUUAGAGAAAUUUCCGUUACAUGAACUGAAUUAUAUCAAUUUCACUGCCGUUGCACGCUUUAUGGCCUGGCGUUGCUGGGAGAUACUCACGCAUUGCAAAUGGCAGAGUCACGUGCAUAAGUGUUGUGACAUCUUCAUGGAGCGCCGCUCACAGUUAGGUUUCUGUUUAGCUUUCAAUUCGGUGGAAAUGCCUAAAAGGCACAACUCAACUUGGCCCUGGCGCACGGAUAGAGGUGGGAAGUAUGCGGGCCUCGCCGUUAAGGUUAUGUUGAAUAAACAACAACAUUUCACAGGCGGUAUUGAUGGCAUAACGGUAAUGAUUGUGGAACCGAACGUCUGGUACUACAUACCAAUGGAUAUUCCCGGUCAGACGCGAACGCGCAUCACUUUGGAUGGUUUCCUUAAUAAGUAUGAAGACGAGACUAGGCGCGUACCUUCCAGUGAACGUGGUUGCGUAUUUAAGGAUGAGCAGAAUAGUGAUGACUUCAAAACGCUUUAUGGUCAUCGCUAUCGCUUCGAAAAUUGUCAAUCUGAGUGCCAGCAGGAGUAUCUCAUGAAGUAUUGUAACUGUACUUUGGAUAUUUUUUUUCCACCGAGCCCUUAUCCACACUGCAGACUCGUGGAUUUACCUUGCUUGGCAAAAUAUAACAACUAUCUAGUCAAUUUCGAGAUACCUGGUCAGGAGAAGUACAUGUCCAGCCAAUAUCCAGGCAUUGUGUGUAGCUGUUUUGUGAGCUGCGAUUCCCUGCGCUACUUUGUUGCAAUCAAAUCGAGAGACUUUAUGCACACGGAAUCUGUGGAGAACCGCACUAUAGUUGAUUUAGACGUGUAUUUUGAAAAAGAUUUCUUUACGAAAUAUAAGACGAUUUUGGUUUUCACUUGGGUCGAUUUGAUUGUUUCAUUUGGCGGCACCACCGGACUGUUUUUAGGCUGUUCUCUUAUAAGUAUUGUCGAGCUGGUUUACUUCUUUUUUAUAGUCGCACCGAGACGUAUUAGGAAGAAGCAAGGGCGGCCACAUCAACUAAGACGAAGACCUUCCAGGGUCGAGCAGACUAAAAUUAAGUUGAGAGAAUAUCGGGAUGUGUACAGGGCACAGCCGAAGUUUUGAAAUUAAGUUAUUUUGAAUAAUAUUUGUGCAUCAUCCAGUAUUUCUUGUAGUUAAGUUAUGUAGCAAGAUUCUUUAAUAUGA